AUUCCUGAUGAAUAUGAAAUCGAAACAACUUUAUCAGGAUUAUCUGUAAGGUGUAAAACUAAAUAUCAACAAACUGGUAUUGUUAGUUAUACAAUUAGUUGGAUAAAUCUUUGUGGAAAUAUG